UUUUCUCGGACACUCUUUCCCUUAUUCUCUCCCUUCUUCUUCUUAUCACAACGACUACUAUUCUUAUUCAUAUAUAUAUAUUUAUUUAUUAGAAUAGUAGGUUAUUUUAUUUACACCAUACUUUUUUUUUUUUUUUGUAAUUUGAAAGAGAAUAAUGGAUCAAACACUACCUACUACUUCAAAUACAACUCCAACUAGUUCACCAAACAUUCAAAUGCAUACACCUCCUAUACCAACUACAACAACAAGUCAAAGUCCUUCUUCUGCAUAUGGUGUUUCUUCAAGAACAGUGAGAACUAAUUGGAUACGUUUCUUACGUGAUUCAUGGCGACGUAUUUCACGUACAAGUAAACUUAUUCUUGGUACAACCUUCGUUAUUGGAUUCACACAAAUAAUUAUUACUAUUAUCAUGCUAGCUAUCGGUUCCAAUCAAACUUGUGACAAACCCUUGAAUAUCUAUUUGAUCGUUUUUGUGAUUCGACUUGGUCUAUCACUUCCACUUUUAUUAUACCAACAUUUACGACCUUCAGGAAGAAAUAGGAAUGCAACAUCAGCAAUUGCAGAUGUUACUGUGGCAACAACAACAAGACCUUCAAGACAAACUUCAUCAUCGGUCCCUUCUAACAGAAACAACGCUAUUGAAUCAUCACCGUCAUCUUCAUCAUCUUCAUCAUCUUCAUCUUCACCAUCGUCCUCAAUUAUAUGUGAAGAAACAGCAAGGAGGCAGUCAUCGAGAGCUGCAUCAACGCAACAGCAGCAAGAGCAGCAACAGCAACAACAGCAACACAGAUCAGAAAAUACAUCAAUGGAUACUCGGCCAACUAUGAUUCGUAGCUUCCUAGAUAGGGUCAAGUCUUUAUUGGAUCUUAUAUCUAUACUUUGGUUUGUAGUUGGCAACUAUCUUAUAUUCACAGCUUCUGAUCAAUGCCAUCGUGAUGCUAGAUAUUUGUUUUACACAACUUUGACUUGGAUCUUACUGGGUUACUUUCUUGUCUUGAUUCCAUUGUUACUAUGUGCCACUGUGGUAUUUUGUUUACCGUGUUUACUAGUGGCUAUGCGAGCCAUGAACGUUGAUUAUGCUACUGGAAUGGUUGGGGCAAAUAAAAGUGAAAUCCAAGAAAUACCUGUUUACAAAUAUAAACCAUCUCCCACAACGGAUCAUUGUGAAAUAGAUCAAAGACAAACAUCUUCAUCUUCAUCAGCACCAUCGGUAUCAUCAUCAUCUCUAUCUUCACCAUCAUCCUCAUCCACUCCUCACUUCUCUACUAAAAUGAAAAAGAGAUUUGUACCACGUCUAUUCUCUCUUCGACCAAAACGAAAUCAGGAUCAGGAUGAAGAAAGCACCUAUGAGGAUCUCACUAUGGAUCCCAACGAUGCUACUUGUACUAUUUGUUUAUCUGAUUAUGAAACGGAUGAUUUUAUUUGUAAAUUACGAUGCAAACAUCAUUUCCAUAGAGAUUGUGUUCAUGAAUGGCUGGCCCUGAAUUACAAAUGUCCUUUGUGUCAGCGGGAUUUCCGGAGGAAAAAGACAGAACAAGAAGAACAAGAAGUGUAGCUUACAAGAUUUGGAUUAGAUCAGUUGUAUAUUAUUUGGCAAUGAAAAACAAUAAAUUUUUCUAUGGGUAAAAUCAAA